UAUUUGAACCCUCCAAGCAUCUUCAUAGUAUCUAUCUACUUGCUCUGCUCUUCAUAACCAUAUGCAGAAGAAGGCCUGAUGGGCAUGAACCUCCUCCCCGUUUUCAUCCUCCUGUUAUUGAUUUGGUUCUGCAACUCCGAUGACCGCCUUACACCGGCAAAGCCACUCUCCAAUGGCGACAUGCUCAUCUCAGAUGGUGGCAUCUUUGCUCUUGGUUUCUUCUCCCUGGCAAACCCAACAGAAAACUCAUAUGUCGGCAUAUGGUACCACAACAUCCCCGUCCGGACAUAUGUGUGGGUCGCUAACCGCGACAAUCCGAUCACCGGCAGUUCUUCAGGUAAGUUGGUUCUGACCACCGGCUCUGACCUUGUCUUAUCGGACUCCAAAGGCCACACUUUUUGGACAACGAUGAACAACAUCACCACCAGAGACAUCAAAACUGAUGCUAUACUGCUGGACACCGGGAACCUGGUCAUCAGGUUGCCAAAUGGCGAAGAUAUAUGGCAGAGCUUCCAUCACCCAACCGACACCAUCCUCCCAAAUAUGAGUUUACCACUGAGCAACAACACCAACCUCUCCAUGCACCUGGUCGCCUGGAGGGGCCCUGAUGACCCAUCCACAAGUGACUACUCCUUGGGUGGGGACUUGAGCCUCCAGCUCAUCGUCUGGAAUAGGACGACGCCAUACUGGCGAAGAGCUGCGUUGGAUGGUGUAUUGGUCUUCGGCACGUAUGAGAGAAAAUCAGGUCCCAUAGUGUCCCAAACGACUGUCAAUAGAGGGGGUGAGUUCUACUUGACAUUGACCGUCUCCGACGGCUCACCAAGCUUCCGCAUGAUGCUGCACCACACGGGCAUGAUGAAAUUCCUGGCGUGGAACAACUACUCAUUAUCUUGGGAAGUAUUUUUUGAGCGCCCAGGUCCUAACUGUGAUCCCUACGCCUCAUGUGGCCCGUUCGGCUAUUGUGAUGACACACAGACAGUUGCGACAUGCAAGUGCCUCGAUGGAUUUGAAACUGAUGGUCUUAACUUUUCCCUAGGAUGUCAGAGAAAGAAGGAGGUGCAUUGUGGUCGAGGAGAUAGUUUCAUUACCUUGCGUAACAUGAAGCUGCCUGACAAGUUCUUGUACGUCAGGAAUAGAAGCUUCGACCAAUGCGCAGCAGAAUGCAGUCGUAACUGCUCAUGCACUGCAUACGCUUACGCUGACCUGAGUAGUCUCGGCAUGACUGUAGACCAUUCGAGGUGCUUAGUCUGGAUGGGUGAGCUUGUUGACAUGAAGAAGCGUGGUGAUGGUCUUGGGGAGAAUAUGUACCUCCGGAUUCCCAGCUCAUCUGUCAGUAAGAUGACAGGUGCACUCAAGAUUGCACUCCCAGUCAUGGCAAGUCUGCUGAUACUUGUGUGCAUUUGUCUUGUCUGGAUACGCAAGUCGAGAGGCAAGUACCAUACCAAGGGACCCAUGAAUUUUGUGAUGCCAAAACAACUGAGCAAUUCCGAUGAACUAUAUGAUGAGAAUUCAGAAUAUCUGUGGAUUAGCUUCAAAGACAUCUUCCCUGCUACAGGUGGUUUCUCUGACUCCAAUGUGCUUGGAAAAGGAGGCUUUGGCAUAGUAUACAAGGGGACACUGGAAGGUGGCAAGGAAGUUGCUGUUAAAAGGCUUACCAAGUAUUCUGACCAAGGAAUGGAGCAUUUGAGAAAUGAAGUAGUUCUCAUCUCAAAAGUGCAGCACAGAAACUUAGUUAGACUUCUUGGUUACUGUAUUCAUGGAGCUGAGAAGCUUCUUAUUUAUGAAUACUUACCCAACAAAAGCUUAGACUACUUCCUGUUUGAUGAUGCUAAAAGGCCUAUGCUUGAUUGGCCAACAAGGUUUAGCAUAAUCAAAGGGGUAGCUAGAGGACUUAUGUACCUCCACCAUGAUUCAAGAAUGACGAUAAUCCACAGAGAUCUCAAAGCAAGCAACAUCUUAUUGGAUGUGGAGAUGAGACCCAAAAUAUCGGAUUUUGGAACGGCAAGGAUUUUUGGUGAUAACCAGCAACAAGCGAAUACUAGGCAUGUUGUCGGGACAUACGGUUACAUGUCGCCUGAAUAUGCGAUGGAAGGCAUUUUUUCUGUCAAGUCUGAUGCGUAUAGCUACGGUGUCUUGCUUCUGGAGAUUGUAAGUGGGUUAAAGAUCAGCUCGCCACGUCACCUUAUAAUGGAUUUUCCAAACCUUAUAGAUUAUGCAUGGAACUUCCUGAAAGAAGGAAAAUCCGAGGAUUUCCUAGACACAGUGCUUCUGGAGAGCUGCUCACUGCAUCAAGUGUCUCUGUGCAUCCAUAUUGGCCUUUUGUGUGUCCAAGACUGCCCAAGUACCAGGCCACUAAUGUCGUUAGUCGUGUCUAUGCUGGACAACGAGGCCAUGCCACUCACGACACCAGAGCAGCCUUUAUAUUCCGUCAGGAGGAAACAUGCUGCAGAAGAAGCAAGGGAGAACUCUGUCAACAAUGCAAGCCUGACGACGCUAGCAGGGCGCAUAGGUAUGACUCCCCUCCCAGUUUUCGUCCUCCUGUCAUUGGUUUGUUUCUGCAUAUCCGAUGACCGCCUUACACCCGCAAAACCGCUCAAUGCCGAAGACAAGCUCGUUUCGAGCAGCGGUGUCUUUGCUCUUGGCUUCUUCACCCCGGCAAACUCAACUGCGGACACAUACGUCGGCAUAUGGCACAACAAGAUUCCCCAGCGCACUUAUGUGUGGGUUGCUAACCGCGACAACCCAAUCAAGAAUGGUCCUCCUGGGAAGCUGGUUAUGAGCAGCAACUCUGACCUUGUCUUGUCUGACUCCCAAGGCCACACUCUCUGGACAACUACGAACAACUUCACAUCUGCAACCACGGGAACUGCUGCUAUACUGUUUGACUCCGGAAACUUGGUCAUCCGGUUGCCGAACAGCACAUACAUAUGGCAGAGCUUCGAUUACCCAACUGACACCGCCCUCCCUCACAUGGUUUUACCACUGAGCACAAAUGAUGGUAUCUUGAGGCGCCUCGUUGCUUGGAAGGGCCCUGAUGACCCGGGCACCAGCGACUACUCCAUGGGUGGUGACUCCAGCUCAGACCUCCAGGUUGUCAUCUGGAAUGGGACGAGACCAUAUUGGCGCAGAUCAGCGUGGGAUGGGUCAUUGGUCUCUGCCCUGUAUCUAAGCAUUACUGGCUUCAUCUUAACUGAAACAAUUGUCGACAGAGGGGGUGAGUUAUACAUGACAUUCACCGUCUCCGAGGGAUCACCAAGCCUGCGCAUGAUGCUGGACUACAAGGGCACUUUUAAAUUUCUCGCGUGGAACAGCAACUCAUCAUCAUGGGAGGCUUUCAUAGAGCAUCCUAGUCCUAUCUGUGAACGCUACGCCUAUUGCGGACCAUUUGGCUACUGUGAUACCGCUGAAACAGUUCCGAAAUGCAACUGCCUCAGUGGAUUUGAGCCUGAUGGCGUUAACUUCUCCAGAGGGUGUCGGAGAAAGGAGGAUCUGAAAUGUGGUAAUGACGAUAUUUUCUCGACCCUGAGAGGUAUGAAGACACCUGACAAGUUCUUGUAUGUCAGGAAUAGAAGCUUUGACCAAUGCACAGAAGAGUGCAAACGCAAUUGUGCUUGCUCCGCAUAUGCUUAUGCUAACCUGAAUAAUGGAAGUGGGGCUGCGGACCAGUCAAGGUGCUUAAUUUGGUUGGGAGGACUUGUCGACACGGCGAAAUUUCGUGAUGGUGGUGGUGGUGAGGACCUGUACCUCCGCCUUGCCAGUUCAACAGUUGAUAAGGAGAUUAAUGUAUUGAAGAUUAUACUCCCAAUAGUGGCUAGUCUGUUGAUACUCGCAUCCAUCUGCCUUGUGUGGAUAUGCAAGUCAAGAGUGUCAGGUAAACGACGAAUCAAGGAGAUUAAGAACAAACAUACACGACAGCACUUGCAAAAUUCCAAAUUGAACGAACUUGAGAAUGAAAGUAUAGACCUUCCAUAUAUCUGCUUUGAAGACAUUGUUACUGCAACAGACAAUUUCUCAGACUACAAAUUGCUUGGGAAAGGUGGCUUUGGAAAAGUUUACAAGGGACUAUUAGGAGGUGCUGGCAAGGAAGUUGCUGUCAAAAGGCUUAGUAAAAGUUCCGGCCAAGGGGCCGACGAGUUCAGAAAUGAAGUUGUUCUAAUUGCCAAAUUACAGCAUAGAAACUUAGUUAGACUUUUUGGUUACUGCACUCAUGAAGAUGAGAAGUUAUUGAUAUAUGAAUACUUACCUAACAAAAGCUUGGAUGCCUUCCUUUUUGAUGCAACAAGAAAUUCUGUGCUUGAUUGGCUGACUCGGUUCAAGGUAAUUAAAGGGAUAGCGAGGGGGCUUCUUUAUCUCCACCAAGAUUCAAGGUUAACAAUAAUUCACAGGGAUCUCAAAGCAAGCAAUGUCUUGUUAGAUGCAGAAAUGAACCCUAAAAUAUCAGAUUUUGGUAUGGCAAGGAUAUUUGGAGGAAAUGAGCAACAAGCGAACACUAUCUGCAUUGUUGGGACGUAUGGUUACAUGUCUCCUGAAUAUGCAAUGGAAGGUUCCUUUUCUGUCAAGUCUGACACGUAUAGCUUUGGCGUUCUACUGUUGGAGAUUGUAAGCGGGUUAAAGAUCAGUUCAGCCCAUUUCAUGACAGACUUUACAAACCUUAUAGCUUACGCCUGGAGCUUAUGGAAAGAUGGAAAUGCAAGAGAAUUGGUGCACUCGUCCAUUGUGGAGAACUGUCCACUUCAUGAAGUUCUACGAUGUAUUCAUAUAGGUCUCUUGUGUGUUCAAGACAAUCCAAAUGCCAGGCCGCUCAUGUCAUCCACUGUGUUCAUGCUAGAAAAUGAAACGGCCCCGCUUCCUACUCCGAAGGAGCCUCUAUACUUUAGGCGACGAUAUGAUGAGGUUGAAGACCAAAGAGAUACCAUGGGAAUAACCCUGAAUAAGAUGACUAUCACUAUGCAAGAGGGGCGUUAGAUGUUUAAUUCAUUGUUCUUCUUUUUUGUAAACUUCUCUAGUUUGUACAGGUGAACAGUUCAGCAAUUUAUCUUCCUAUGGACAAAUAAACAAUCUAUUGAGUACAUUGUAAUCCUGGUUGUGGUUUAUUUUCUUAGAUGGUUUCCAUGUUUGGAAUUUCCCUAUUUUGCUCA